AUGGGUCAGUUUCCACCAUCUUACAAGAACGAGUAUAUUCUAGUCGCAGUUGACUACGUCUCCAAGUGGGUUGAGGCGAUAGCGAGCCCUACCAAUGAUGCACGCAUGGUGACCAAGCUCUUCACGUCGAUUAUCUUUCCAAGGUUUGGAGUGCCGCGAGUGGUCAUAAGCGAUGGAGGAACCCACUUCAUCAACAAGGUCGCAACGGCAUACCACCCUCAAACAAGUGGUCAAGUGGAGGUGUCCAACAGGGAAAUCAAGAGCAUCCUCCAGAAAACUGUUGGAACAACCCACAAGGAUUGGUCCUUGAAGUUGGACGAUGCCUUAUGGGCGUACAGAACAGCUUACAAAACACCACUAGGGACCAGUCCCUACCACCUUGUUUACGGCAAGGUGUGUCAUCUCCCUGUUGAGCUUGAAUACAAGGCAGCUUGGGCAGUCAAAAUUCUCAACUUCGACAUCAAAUCAGCAAAGGAGAGACCCACUAUUCAGAUCCAUGAACUGGAAGAAAUCAGACACCUCGCCUACGAGAGCUCUAAGAUCUACAAAGAGAAGACGAAAGCUUAUCAUGAUAAGCGGAUCAUCGGCAGAGACUUCAAGCCCAAUGAUCAAAUGCCUCCAAGAACCAAGCAAAAGGCAGUCAAGACCCUGAAGGUCACCCGCGAAAAUUACGUCCCUCCAACGCACCACUGCGCCCCACCUUCUUACCCUUGGCCACGCGAGCAAGAGGGAGACCCGAUCAAGAUUGCUGAUCCCCAGCUUCUCGAUUUCAACUGCGAAGGCUAG